AUGAACGCAGCUCUCAAAAGUGAAUGCGACUUUGGUAAAAUCAGUACUCUGAGAAACAAGUCAGAAGCCCUCAGACCAAUAAGCCGCGGACAACCACUUAUUCAGCUACAUGCCACAGAUUACGAUGCUAACGAGAACGGCGAACUGCGAUUUGCGUUUGCCGAGGACUCCGAUUCCUCUCUAACGAGUCUCUUCGCUAUUCAUCCAUUCAGCGGUCUCGUGGUUUCUAAGUACAGUUUACAACCAAAAGACCUGGAAUUCUUGGGACAAGUCCCCUUACUCCUGAAACAGACUCAUACUCUUAGGAUAAGGGUUAGCGAUCUUGGAACUCCCUCACUGGCAUCCUACGCCAUCUUACGACUGAAUUUUCAAGUACGAUCAAACCAUGCUUUAGAAGCGGUUCUUCCGUCACUGCGGGAGCAGCAAAUUCUACAACAGCAGCACCCCAUCGACCUCUUCGACGAGUAUGGGGGUGUGGCCCCUGAAGUUGAGACACCCGCACAGGGAACUCGAAAAAAUGACCUCAGUUUUUUUGUCCUCUGCGCAUUCUUUGUCUUCCUUCUCCUUCUUUUCCUCGCAGUUCUGUUGUUUAUAGUUUUAAAUCGGCGGCCAGAGUGUUUGGCGUCAGUCCUGUGCCCCACCACCAUCACCACCACUACCGAAACCCGGACGCAUCGACUCCCACUCGCCCCCUUUGUUUCCCCUUUGUGCCACGAGAACCGCAAUUGCCAGAGUGGAAGGACCCUCACUCAGUCCGCACGCAUUACUCCGUGCCACAAUCUGCAGCAAACACUUCCUCUCGCAUCGGUUUUUAGUGAAUCAGGCGCCUCUUCACCAGAGUCGAGUGCUGUCUAG